AGACCACACCAUUUGCACGAACAAGCACUUUAAAUAACAAUGGAGUCCACGAAAAUGGGACUGGUACAAGAAAAGUGGAAAUCUGGUGUGUUGAAAAUGAAGCUGGUGGCAGAGAUACUCACCGGAAGUCUGUUCUACGUCGAGGUGGGAGCGGAUGCCACCGUGGGCGACCUCAAGAAGGAGAUCGGGAAACAGGAAAACCUACCCGGGGAUCGCCUCAUUCUGCUGCUUGAUGCUGAGGAGCGUUACUCGUUGGAUAAAGACGAAGCUUCUCUCAAGGAUUACGGGGUUGAAGAUAGCUCUCACAUCUACAUCUUCUUUCAGGACAACAUUGCUGCUUCCUCUGCAUCUCCUUUGACUCCAAAGGAGUCUACAAGUGUGGAUAAUACAGAUGAGGCUGACGAAGAUGAAGCUCCACGCCAUGAGAAUGCUUCAGUUGAGGCUAAUGAGCCUUCUGCCUCAGUUGAUCAAGAAGAAUGAGUGUUCAAUUCUUGACAGAAUAUAAUCUUAAUAAUUAGUAGUCGACUCGACUCUAUCACACGUUUUUCACCGUUUCGUUAAAUAAUAUUUAGCCUUAACUCCCAGUUAUAUAGCUCCCACAAAAUCUACCACUUUAAAGGUCAAG